GUGAAUAUUGGGACUUUAUUCUUGUAUUAUUUUGACUGCAUUCUCAAAAUAUCUUCUUAUUUUGGCUCUGAUACUCCGUUGUACUUUAUAAAUAUAAAUUUCCAUGUCCCCUUCUACUCCUCCCGGGUUGCGCCCCUGUCGGUGGGGUUCAACGUCAUCCCGUCGUUUUUUGUAGUCACCCUAGUAACAACAAACGCUGCUGCUAGACCUCAUCAACCAAUCAUAUUACACGUAGCGUCUGACGUCACUUGCCGUCAGCGCAUAGGGUUGGGUUAGUCCACCAUCUUGGCUCAGGCUAGCUCACUCCUAGCUGAGAGUAUGAGGAGAAACCGACAGAACCAAAUUCCAGCCGAACCGACCGAACCAGGACUGUCUCACCAAGCGGACCGAAGCUAGAGGCCGGCGGCUCGAGCCGGACCUCCUCUCUCCCCGAAAUAAAGUCCCAGCACCGGGAAGUGUCGGGCUGCUAACUCCCCGGCUAACUUCGGCGUUAAAGAGGAACUGUUGCUCCGGUUCGGUUUGGAUCCAUGACAGUUAUAAACUUCCGGAAAAGGAUCCGAGCCGAGCCGGGACAGGUAACCCAGGGCAGGGACAGGUGAUGCCGCGAGGGAGUUCGUUGAGAUAGAACCGAACCGAAGCCGGAGCAGCACGUCACUUUCCGACCCGCUAAGUUUGAGACAGGUGUUCCGGAGCGGAGCGGAGCGGCGGCGGCUUCAUGACCGGACCUCCGUUACACUGACCUGGGUAUCAUGUCCACCAGGACCCCCCUGCCCACCGUCAACGAGCGGGACACCGAACAGCAUGCACCUGGGGAAGACGGGCGCGGUGAGGCGCUGCCCCGCCCCGUCCGCUCCGCCCGCUGUAAAAACGCCGCCGCCGUCACCGCGGACGACGCGCCGCACGUGGGAAACUACCGGCUGCUGAAGACCAUCGGGAAGGGGAACUUCGCCAAAGUGAAGCUGGCCCGGCACAUCCCGACGGGCCGGGAGGUGGCCAUCAAGAUCAUCGACAAGACCCAGCUGAACCCAACCAGCCUGCAGAAGCUGCUCAGAGAGGUUCGCAUCAUGAAGAUCCUGAACCACCCCAACAUCGUGAAGCUGUUUGAGGUGAUAGAGACGGAGAAGACGCUCUACCUGGUGAUGGAGUACGCCAGCGGAGGUGAAGUGUUCGACUACCUCGUAGCUCAUGGGAGGAUGAAGGAGAAGGAGGCCAGAGCUAAAUUUAGACAGAUCGUCUCUGCGGUCCAGUACUGCCAUCAGAAGCACAUCGUUCACCGAGACCUUAAGGUAACUCCGCUUUCCCAGCCGCCUCGAACGCAUCACGGACAGCAGCGACGUUUUGGAUCUCCUCUUCAUCCUCCU